AUGUUGGGCCUCACCCCAAUGCAGGUUCAUCUGUUCCAGCUCUUGUUCUCGAAGCUGGACGUUUACCGCUUCGUCGACACGGUCACACGGGCGACAUCUGGGGAGCAACUGCUUGUUCUGUUCCGCUCCAGGUACCCGGUGAUCCUGUCCAUAGAGAACCACUGCAACAUCCAGCAGCAGAAGAAGAUCGCCCAGUACCUGAGGGAGAUCCUGGGGGACAAACUGGACCUCGGACACAUUCUCAGCAGGGAGUCCAAGAACCUCCCCAGCCCCAAUAGCCUGCAGGGCAAGAUACUCAUCAAAGGUAAGCGUCUCCCAGCCUACCUCUCUGCUGAUGCUGAAGAAGGGGAGGUCUCUGACGACGACAGUGCAGAUGAGAUCGAGGAUGACUUCAAGCUCAAGAACAGUAACGGUAACGGGCACCACCAGGUGGAGUCCCACAUCCGGAAGAAGCUGGACUCACUGCUGAAGGAGGCCCAGAUCGGAGACAAGGAGGAUACAGACAGCUUCAGCAUCAGGGCCCUGCUGAGGGCCACGCACCAGGGGCUGCAGAAGAACCUGCGCCAGAGUUCAAAAGGAGUGUUGAGGAAGUCUCAAAGUCGGUCCUUCAUCACGACGCUCAAACAGAAGAGGCACUCCAAGUCCAGACUGACGUGCCAGAGUGUGGAGAAGGAUGACGAUGAGCAGGACAGCGCCUACAGAGAAGCUGGAGGACAGUUCAACAGGGGGGGGAGGAAGAGGAAGACGAUGAAGCUCAGCCGAGAUCUGUCAGACCUGGUGGUGUUCACCAACUCCAUGGCCUCUCAGGAGUGCCUGGAUGAAGGUACUCCAGGGGACGUGCUGUCCUUCAGCGAGGCCCGGGCCCAGUCACUAGUCCACCACCGGGCCCCCCAGUUCCUGGCCUUCAACCAGAGGCAGCUGUCCCGCAUCUACCCCUCGGCCUAUCGCAUCGACUCCUCCAACUUCAACCCUCAGUUCUACUGGAACGUUGGCUGCCAAUUGGUCGCCCUGAACUACCAGACGGAGGGUCGCAUGAUGCAGCUGAACAGAGCCAAGUUCAUGGUGAAUGGUGGCAGCGGCUACGUCCUUAAGCCGCCGCCCAUGUGCCAAGGGUCUCUCAACCCUUUCUGUGAUGACCCUCUGCCAGCGUACCCCAAGAAGCAGCUGAUGCUCAAGAUCAUCAGUGGACAGCAGCUGCCAAAGCCCCCCGAUUCCAUGCUGGGGGAUCGGGGCGAGAUCAUCGACCCGUUCGUGGAGGUGGAGAUCAUCGGCCUUCCUGCUGAUUGCUGUAAGGAGCAGACACGGGUGGUUGACGACAACGGUUUCAACCCGGUCUGGGAGGAGACCCUGUCCUUCACGCUCCACAUGGCGGAGGUGGCCCUGGUCCGGUUCCUGGUCUGGGACCACGACCCCAUCGGACGGGACUUUGUUGGGCAGCGGACUGUGGCCUUCAGCAGCCUCAUGCCUGGUUACAGACAUAUAUAUUUGGAGGGUUUGACCGAGGCUUCCAUUUUUGUACAUAUAUCAGUACAUGAAAUCUACGGAAAGGGUCACCAGCUGCGGGGCAUCAGGGGCUUCUUCAGUCGCUCCUCCAAGUCCUCUGUGGAGGCCAACUCCCCCGCCGCUCUGAAGACCCGCUCCAUCAGCGACCACCUGCUGCGGCGCACGGCCAGCGCCCCCGCCAAGGGACGCAAGAAGACCAAGCUGGCCCUGACCGAGUCCAUGGCCUCCAUCUCGGACCCGAGGCCCAGCCCGGACCGGCCGGUGGGCCCAGCGGGAGAGAGUGUGCAGGGACCCGAGGGGGCGGUGGAGAAGCGGCCCCAGCUCCGUCCCUCUCUCACCCACCGGCCCAUCUCCAUGCCCCUGGACCGGCUCCUGGAGGGCCAGCUCAGCCUCUGCUCCUCAGAGAAGGGGCGCCAUCAUCUGGGCGCAGAUGCUGUCAUCGGAAUGAGUCCCUUAGACCGGCCCAGGUCUACGUCUGUGGGUCUCCUCAUCGAAUCAUCUGCCACUGAUCAACUGAGCUUCUCAACCCCUUCAAAGACAUGUACGGAUAGAAUCACUCAGCGCAGCAAAUCAGUAGACACCUCUCAUCUUGUCAUCGGCGAAGAGGAUGAAAGAAGCGGAAAGGAUUAUUCCAAAGAACAAUCACAGGAACUUCCCAAUCAACGAAAGAUGAUGGGGUGCGGGUUCACGGGGACACAGAGGAUAUGCGUGAGGUCCCCGUUUGGUGGCUCGCAGAGGAGGCGGCAGGCGACGGAGACGUCUUCGGACGGCACCACCUACACGGUAGCACCUUCCGCCCCCUCCUCUGGGACUCCCCUGAGCCCGGUGAACAUGGACCGCUCCAACAAUCUGCGAAGCCCCAACUCCCUACAGGACAGUACCCUCUCCAGGCUCAUCGACGCCGUCUCCCUAGGCAACGAGAAUGACACCCGUGGCUCCAUUUCUGCUCUGAUUGGUCAGUUUGACAACACUGUUGAUCAAAGCAAUCGUUCGACCACCUCUAAUGGGGGAGCGAAGAACGAACAUCAGAGGCUUAACGGCUUCCUCAACCUUUCUGUUCAAAAUUGUAGCACUCCGAACCAGUCCAACAUCCCUCACAAAGGGUUGCAGGACUACAUGUCUCCUCUUUGCAUGGGUUCAUCAAAUGGCCAAAUCAGCAUAAAAGGUCCAAUUAGUCCUCAAAAGGCUCAAAAGUCAGACUCUCCACACACAAGACUCUAUUCACCCCGGAAGAUCUCCCAGGCCGACCAACCUGCUCCCCCUGCUCCGGCUUCCUUCCACAGCCCCGAGACGACGGAGCAGGAGGAGGUUUACACCAUCCUGGAUGAGGAGGUGCUGUCCCCUACCUCCAUGUACAACCUGAAGAAACAGACGGUUCAUUUCCAGGCCCUGGACUCUAUGAGAAGCACUCAAACGUCAAACGGCCUGGGCUUCUCCCCAUCCAAGCUGUCCCGAGGUUUGGGGUCAGAGGACGGCAUGAGGCGGUGUGUUGACCAAGAAUGGAGGGGAGGCCAUCCUGUGGAGGUAGAGGAAAGUGUGUAUGAAGAGGUGUAUGACCCAGCGGGUCCCAUCCUAGAGCCGGGCCGUGGGGUGGCAUGCAGCUACAACGGCUACUCUGUGGAUCGUCCCACGUCCCAGUUUUCCCGCGACAUGGCUGGGUGUGCUUAUAAGGAGGUGGAGAUAAACGUGGACGAGGAUCCUCUGGAAAGGAUGCUGCCCCCGUCCCGGCAUGUCCACAUGCUCACCAGCCCGACCGCUAAACGUCACGCUAUCUACCAGAACAACGACUCGGCUCGGUUGCACCGUUUGCCCCAGAUACAGCCUUCCUCCUCUUAUGACGCUCACCAAAGCUCGCCACACAAAUCUCAAUAUUCGCAACGUUCCUCCCCUGUGUCCAAACCUUAUUUUCAGCAGCCGCAACAAAGCCAGCUUGUUUCAAACUCCCAGCCGUCUCUUUAUCAAAGGUCGAACAAUUCUCAAAUUUUGAUGACACAGAGCCCCCUCCGCCAGAACAGCUACCCAUCUCUGCAGUGUAAACCAGAGUCCUACGUCAACAACAAAGACUUUGCAAAACAGAGAAACUACAACGGCAGCAAUGGCAUGAAUGGCUUCCACAGGGAGACGGGCAACACAAUAGAGAGGGAGUUGGUAGGACACUUCCAGAGCAGCCCUUCUGCCUCAGAGUUUCUCCCUGCCAAGUCAGUGGUAUCUCGCGUUCUCUCCAGAGAAAGAGCCAUGUGUUCGCCCACCCCUUAUUCCGACGGGGCGCACGGCCAGCUGGAUACGGACUGCCACACGCCUGAAUCACACUACGUCAACUUCACGAGUCCAAGCCAACCGCAGACACCCAGACAAACCACCUCUCCGCGGGAAGUGUGUUCCCAUCUCAACGACGCGCUGCAGCGUCAGCCUGACGCCACACGGCCUCCCUCAGAGCCGCGCUUAGAGCCGUUCCCAUCGCUCCCCCAGUCCGGCCCAGUGAGCAGCCAGGCAUCCGGUCCCAGCAAAUCCAAAUCCCUGGGAGACCUGACAUCGGAGGACAUCUCCUGCAACUUUCAGAGUAAAUACCACAUCAUCAGCCGCAGUUUCAUCACACCCCACAUGAGGGACCGCAAGAGGAUCGGCACCCUGGGGCGACCCGCGCCCCCAGCACAGUCUUCCGACCCUCUUACCCAGCAGCUACGCAGGCUGUUGAACCUCGACGCCGUCGAGUGCGAAGAGUCCGUUCCCGGGACGGAGCCUCCGCAGCCGCCUCAUGCCACCCAGCGACCGCCCUCUCCGCCGCAGCCCCGGGACACGGCCGCGUCCUCCGCCCACGGCGUGGACGUGGAUGGCUCACCGCCGCCGCUCACCCGUCGGCUGUCCUCGCGCAGCCAGAGUCGCGUGCGCCACAUCAACAGCCGCGCCCGCGAGAGGCAGCAGGAGGCGCUCAAGCCGCGGUCAGAGCUGGGGGGCAACGGCGGGAGCGGCGGCGGCGGGGUGGUGCUGCGCAGCAAACCCGUGUCACAGACGCCGGCGGCGAACAGACACUCCACGGGCUCCUAUAUCGCCGGGUAUCUGGGGCAGCUGGAGGACAGGGGCCUGCCGGAGGGGUCGUGUGCCCCGCUGCAGCAGGGAUACGCCGACCGCUACGGGGACGGGUACUACGGUAACUAUUCACACCCGAUGCCGGCGGACUCUUCCUACGCCUCCACGGAGCCUGAGGUGUACUUCCUGCUCAGAUUGUAGCGCCAACACCUGCGGGAAUGAGAAGAAGAGGUGGACACAUACAUACUUGAAGGAAGUGCAAUUACACCGGAAAUCCUCAUCCACACGCACACUUUUAGAUUUCCUUAUUCUAAAGUGUAUCCUUUGUACAAUAUAGCUGGUGGUAUGUACAGUGUGUUAUGGUUGGACCAGAAAGCAUGUACUUCCUGUAUGAGAUGACCACAGUUCAAUAAAGUGGGAGUUUUCAUGGCGCCAACCGUCGUGGCAAUGUAGCCUAGUGUCUGUGUCCUGUUUGGUCUGUGAAAGUACUUUAAAAUGCAUUCUAGAAUACUGCACAACACUGUUCGCUCUGUUUGUGUGACGUACCGUCAGAACUGUCUGUACUGUUGAAGCAGAUUCCUUGACCCUUGUAUCUUUUGAAUGUGAAUUUAUUUCAAACAGACACUUUUACAUAAUGGGGUCUAUUUUAUCAAAGAUCUCCUUGAAGUCUUCCUUUUCAGUAUUAUUUCUAGGUAUAUACUGGCUGUGUGUAAAUAUUUCAGUUUUGUUUCCCAUGAUAGAAUCGAUUUGGCAACGGUUUCUUGUUAAGAAUGGCCUGCAAAUGUUUUAGUUUUCUGCAUGUAGACUGGACAUCUCGAGCAUGACUAUGCACAAACCUAUUCAGUUGAUGUUGCGAUGCCCGUCAAGAAUUACCUGGAACAAUGUGUGAAAUAAAGACACAGACUUGCUUGCAUUAGGUGCAAUGCAGUACAUAGACUUGCUUGCCUAUAGUAUGUUCAUUUUUACGUAGGAAUCAAAAACACUGUAUUAAUCAUUGUAUUUUUAUAAUUACUUUGAUACUGACUGCAUAAAUACAUCAAUCCUUGGAAGUGGUAACUUGACAUGUCACUACACUGAGGUAUAAGUGGAUACGCAUACAGGAGACGCAGGAGUCAAAUAGAGAGUUUUAGACUGGGCUAAACUGCAGUUUUUUGUAAUAUUUUUUUCAGUGUUGGACCUAUCGUCUGUGUAUUAUCACUCAUUAGAGUACUAUGGGCAUUUCCCUACAAAUGCAAUAAAAUAUCAAAUCACUUGAUUUGAGGAAAACAAUGAUGUAUCCUU